GUAAAAGUUGUUUGGGUGGAUCGGCUAUGGUGUCGAGAAUUCGUAUAAAAACAUUUGCAAUCCGCCACAGAGUCAUCAUUCAGAGUCGUCUCUCAGUCUAAGACAAGCUCCAAUCUACACAAGAUGUUCCGCUUCAUGCUCAUCGCCUCCGCCGUCUUGGCCUGCGCUUCCGCCGCCGCCACCUACAGCCAGGAUGCCUCUGCCUAUGUGGUCAAGAGCGGCGCUGACAUCCAGCCCGAGGGCAACUACAACUACAACUAUGAGACCAGCAACGGAAUCGCCGCCCAGGAGUCCGGAAUCGGAGGAAACCACGCCACCGGUGGCUUCUCCUGGUACUCUCCUGAGGGUGAGCUUGUCCAGAUCUCGUAUCUGGCUGACGCCAACGGCUACCAGCCUUCUGGAAACUGGGUGCCCACUCCUCCCCCAAUCCCAGCUGCCAUCCUGAAGUCCCUGGAGUACAUCCGCACCCACCCCCAGUACGUUGAGCCUGCCCAGCGUUCCUCUGGAUUCGGACGUGCUGCUGCAUUCAAAUCCAUCGUCGGUUAAAUUUUUAGGUUAGCGUUGUUUGUAGACCGUUUUGAAAGCUUUAUUACAGUUUGUAAAAUAUUUUGAUGAAAAGUUAAAAUAAAUGAAGAAGUUUAGAAGAUAA